AUGGCGGACUCCAUCCCCCGUGGCCCUGUCGCCGUCAACCUCACCUUCUACCAGCCACCCCCAGACAACUCCCUCCCCUUCAACUACGUCCACGAACCACCCACAGGCCAACCACGGCGCAACUAUGGCGAAGCCAUACACGCAGUCCAGCUGACAGACAUUCGGUCCCACGAGGAAGAAUAUACCCUGGACAAAGACGCCUUCGCGGCGCUGCAGAGCGUCCCCUCUGAAACGACGUACGCCACCUUCGACUCGGACGCCGCAGUCCGCGACAUCUACUACCCGGAAGUUGAGAAAUUACUCCUCGACCACCUUCCCGGAGCACAUAAGAUAGUCAUCUUCGACCACACGAUCCGUCGCGAGAGCCCCAACGCGGACCGCCAGCCCGUGAACAGGGCGCAUGUCGAUCAAACCGCCAGAGCAGCCGCUGAUCGGGUGCGGCUACACGUCCCCGAUGCAGAGGAAGCCGAACGGCUUCUCCAAGGCAGAUAUCGCAUAGUCAACGUCUGGAGGCCCAUCAACGGGGCGGUCGUGUCGUCUCCGCUGGCCUUCGCCUCGGCCCAGUCGGUGCAUCAGGAUGACCUGGUACCGGUUGAACAUCGGUACCCCGAUCGGACCGGGGAGACGAUGGGGGUGAAAUUCAAUGCUGGACAGAAGUGGCUGUACUGGUCUGGCAUGGAUGAUGGGGAGCGGUUGUUGUUGAAGUGUUCUGACACGGAGAGGAGGCCGGGGAUCGGGCUGAGGGUGCCGCAUUCAGCGUUUUUGGAUCCAAGGACGCCGCAGGGUGCCAAGGGGAGGGAGAGUAUUGAAGUGAGGGCGUUGGUGUUUGGAUGA